AUGCGGAUACGAUGCCACGGUUUCGUAGAACAAGAUUUUACACCGACUGUUACUGCCACGUGUAAAGGCGGUUACAUGACCAUUAAAGUAUCAACGAAUCAAUCAUUUUUCGGUACGAUACACGCGAGAGAUUAUCGAACUCCAGGCUGCAUGUCCAACGGUAAUGGAACUCAUUUAACUAUUUUGGGAAUAAAUCUUCUCGCACCUCCAGGAACUCCAGAUCACUGUGGAGUUUUAAUUAACAACAGAACAGACGAACAAUCCGUACCUAUAGCCGUUCGAUUACAUAGAACGUUAGAAUUAGCAGAAGAUAAAUUUUACGUCAUAACUUGUGGUAAAGCUGGAUUUAAAAAUACAAGAAACGAAACGUCCCUUGUUUCCCUAAAACUCGUUGAUAAAAAUCGAAAGGUCAAAGUUAACGAAGUUUUAUAUGGACACGAAUAUAUAUUAAGAGCGGAUAUUUCCAGGCCCGACGGUUCAUACGGAAUAAGAGUAAAAUCGUGUUUCGCAUUUAAUAAAAGAAACAACAGCGUGCCAUUGAUCGACGAAAAAGGGUGUCCAUACGAUACGAUGGUUAUAACGCCUUUCAGAUGGGAUUACAACGCGAACGCCGCAGAUGCAAUUUUAUAUUCCAUGUUUAGAUUUCCAGAAAGUUCUCAGACUAAUUUUCAAUGCGACAUUGCCGUUUGCAAAGGUUCGUGUCCUGAACCCGUUUGCGACGACAAUAUAGAAACGUUAAACACACUGGAGGGAAGAAAUUUUGGAAGUAAAGAAACAAUUCCAGAUCCAGACGAAGAAGGUACACUAAUGGCGAGCACGAGCGUUUUCGUUUUGGAACCCGGUGCCAGUCCGUACGUGGAAGGAAUAUGCGAAAAUUCCGGUUACCCACCAUGGCUCCUGUACCUGUGCAUAGCUUUCGGUUUGAUGUUUUUAAUAAUGCUUUUGAUAAACAUAUUCCUUUGUUCUGCAAUGACGUGCGCAUGCGCGAGAACGGAAGUUAUUGAAAAAGAACCGAGCAUAAUUGAAGAUUACGAUCCUUAUAGAAGUUGGCACGGAUCUCAAUACGGUUCGAGGUAUUCGUUGAAUGGAAAACCAAACAUGGGUUACACGUCGGGUGGUUCGACAAUGAAUUCAACGAGAAGCAUAUCGACGAAUAGCGAUCAUUAUGCCGUCGUGCACAACAGACCUGAUAGCAGGUAUUCACCGAAUCAUCCUCAACACAACAGAGAUCGACAUCGUGGACCAUCAAGCAAUUACGGAUCGAAUUACGGUGGAAAAUAA